ACUGAGGGCAUAUGCUGCAGUAAUUCUGAAUGCAAUGUACACCCGCAUCAAAGCCAACUGAGCAAUAAGUGGCCACUGCAGCUAGUAUUACUCGAGGAAGCGACAUGUACCGUGGCAGGCCACCGCCAGGACAAUAUCCUCCGCGUUCUCUUGGAUUAGGCCCCCAUGGUCCACCUCCCAGGCCCGAUCACCCUUUACCCCCUCAACCCCCAUACCGAGAGGAACGAGGACGGGGAAGAAAUGGACAUCACCACGGAUACCCAGACGAGCACCACCGGUCACCUCCGAGGAGAAGAUAUCCCUCUCCCGGUCCAGGAGAGGAAUUUUGGGGUGGCGGGGCUCCCCCACGGGAACAUUGUCAAAGAUUUACUCCAUCACCUCCUCGAGGAGGAAUCCCUGUUGAUCACAGUCUUGUGAUCACUGUGGGCAAUGAGCUGACUGCUCUACCUGACAGAGAGGUUCCCCCAGUCUCUGACCGUCCAUAUGUCAGAGAUUAUCAUGUUGGAGAUACACACUACAAGCGUGCGUACUCUCCCCGGAGAAGGAGUUACGACAGUCACGAUGACAGGGGCUUGAGGAGGCGCAGUCCUAGCCGUGGCAGAAGCAGGGGUCGCAGUCGCAGUCCAGAUAGAAUCCGGAGCAAGAGUCGACCUCGCAGCAGGAGCAGGAGUCACAGCCGAACUCGUGGCUUGAGUCGUGGCCGGGCACUGAGUCGAGCACGCAGCAAGAGCCGACCCCGAAGCAGGAGCAGAACCAGAAGAAGGAGCCACAGCCGAAGCAGGAGUCGCAGUCGCAGCCGUAGUAGGGGCCGAAGCAGAGCGAGGAGCAGGGUGAGGAGCAGGAGUCGAAGUAGAGGAAGGAGUAGAGGAAGGAGUCAGGUUAGGAAUCACAGUCCUAGUGACAGUGAUGGCCAAGAAAAAUCUCAAAGUACAAAGGAAUAUGAUGAGUUUAAAGAACUGGAGAUGGCCCGGCGACGCAAGGAACUAGAGGAUAUGCUGAACAUGCCAACAAAGUCUAUCCUGAAAAAGAGGCUUGACUCUGAGACUGACUCUCCUAUGACUGUACGGACAAGCGACUCCCCACAAGAAGCAGCAGCUGAAAAUCCGGACAGCGCUCUUUCACAAGAAGCAGAACGUUUACUCAGUGCAGUGACCAAAAGAAUGGAACCUAGCUUAUUGGCCUCAGUGCUUGGACAACUGAAGAGGGAACCCCAGACUCUAAGGCAAAGCUCCAACACUCUCAUUGAGUUCAUGAGCAGAAUGCAGUCAGUCAAGGAGAGUGACAGUGACUUUAUUCUACCCCAUGACAAAGUCAGGCAGGACAGUGGUGACUUAAGCAAAAUCCUUGGCAUCAUGGCAGAGGCUGAAAGAAAGAAAAGCUAUGGUGAUGAUAUUGAGGAUGAAGAAAAGUUCCUGUAUGGUGAUGAGGCUGAGGAAAAAGAACCAGCUAAAAGCAUCCCUGUAACUGGACAGGACAGUUUGUUAGAUAUCUACGGGGAAACGAAGGCUGAAAUGACACAUUAUAAUGACAGUAAGAUGGGAAUGCAACCUUAUGACCUAUUGAGGAGGACACACGGUGCACUUGGUGUGACUUCUUCUUAUAUUCAGGGCAGCACUGGGGAAGAUCUGGAAAGUUACUCAAGCAGCAACGUUCAGCAUAGAGACAUGAGAUAUCAGGGUCUGCAGCAUGCUUCUACCGCACCUGAUAUGAAUAUUAAAGUUGGAAUCACAUCCACUGACCGGUCGCAGGACGUGAAGGUGAGGCAGGAGGUUGAGGAAUUUGAGAAGAUUCAAGAUCUACUCAAGACUAUUGGCUUGGACCUGGGUGUUGCUGAGAUCAGCAAGAUGGCUGCCAGAACAAAAGAGCGCCUGCAUGGGAAAAAAACAGAACAGAAGGGUUCCAUGCCCCACAGGUCUGAGAAACUGCGAAAGAGUCGUAGCAGGAGCCAUAGUCGAAGUAGUAACAGCUCCAGCAGGAGCAGCAGCAGUCACAGCAAUAGCCGAAGUAGACACCGAAGUCGGGAUCGUAGCUGGAGCCGGGGCAAAAAGAAGUCACUACCACCAGACAGAUGGGUUUCACAUGCAGAGCCUUAUAGUCAGAAAGAAGGACGGCUAGGAGCUAAGACUGAGGAGCAUAAUUGGGGUAUCCCAGUACUAGCCAAGACCGGCUCUGAAAUUGUCAGUCCCACCACACAUAUGCCGCCUCACCCCGCUAUUUCAAUGCCUGGUUACACCCAGCCCCCUGCUCAUGGGCCUCUGCCAAACUUCCCACCCCCUGGCUGUGGCCCAUAUGGUAAUUACAUGCCUUAUAUGUCCCAAACAUGGCCUAUGUACCCACCCCCAAGUAUGCCAAUGCCCCCUUCAUGUACAGUGGAGGACUUCAAAAUAUCCAGUACUGAUCGCCCCUACCUUAAAGUCAUUGAAACAGUCUCUGCAGAUCACCAACAGACAGAUAAAACAGGUAAAAAAAAUAGUUUACGCUUGUUUUGUAGCAGCAGCCAUCAGAAGAGAGACUUAGAAGAAAGGAAUAAUGCCAAUCAAAAGCAGAAGGUGAUGGAGGAACUUGAGAACCUGAAGAGGGACAGAGAUGUCCGGUUGCAGAAGAAGGAGAAUCUCUUAAAAGAACUGGAGAGAUUACGAAAGCAGCAAGGAGAGCUCCUGAGGAGGAAACGGAGGGAGAAAGACGGCCACAAGGACCCUUUGCUGGUUGAGCUUGGUCAGCUCCAGGAGGACCUGAUGGCCCAGAUCUCCAGUCUACGCGCUGAACAAGAGGCAGCCGACGAGAAGCUUUCUGAGCUGAACAAAGUGGCCAGUAUCCUUGGACUGGGCCGAAGGGAGUCCAGGAGCUCAGGGGAGCAAGAGCACCACCCUCCCCAAGGCAAGAGGCAACAGCGAGCCCGAAGCCCAGACAGAGCAACAUCUUGCUCCAACAUGUCUUCCACAAAGGCUACUGCGUCUAAAUCUCGAGCGUCUCCUGAAAAACCGUUGGAAAGUCAAAAACCCAAAGGCCGGACCCCUGACACAACAGCAGAUCAUUUUGAUUACUAUGAUGCAGGAAACCACUGGUGCGAAAACUGUAACGUCACUUGUGGCUCCAUGUUUGACUUUUUCAUGCACUUGCACAGUAAAUCGCAUAGAAAGACUCAAGAUCCAUAUGAGAGGCCCUGGGCAUGUGACUCGAAAAAUGAAAAGAAGUCUACGGCAGGGGAGAAGCCUACUAAACCAGCAAAAGGUUCUGAGUUUUUGAUUCCUGUGAGAGGAUUUUAUUGCCAGUUGUGCAAAGAGUUUUUUGGAGAUGCUAUUUGUGCAGAGGAUCACGUCACAAGUCAUGCGCACAAUGAGAAAUACAAGAAACAAAUGAGUGAGCACCCAUUCCACGAACAGAGGAGGAACCUGGUUCGCCAGGCUGGUGUGGAAAGCAGUGAGAGGAAGUAUUCUGAAAACAAACGAAAACAGGGGGAGGAUGACGACAGAGAAGAGCAGAAAAGAUCCAAACAUAGCAGAGAGGAAGAACGAAAGUUCAAAUAUGAAAGAGAAGUAGAGGAGGAGAGAUAUAAAAACAGCAAGGAAGAGGAGCAGAAGUCCAAGUACAGCAAAGGAGAAGGGGACAAGUCCAAAUACAAAAGGGAGGAAGAGGAAAGGUUUAAAUACAGGAGAGAGGAAGAGGAGAAGUCUAGAUACAGGAGAGAGGAAGAGGAGAGGUCUAGAUAUAAGAGGGAGGAAGAGGAGAGGUCUAGGUAUAAGAGGGAGGAAGGGGAGAGGUCUAGAUAUAAGAGGGAGGGAGAGGAGAGGUCUGUGUCGAGCAGAUAUCGAGAGGAAGAGAGAAUCAGAUAUAGAGAGGAUGAGGAGAGGGCAAAGUACAGGAAGGAGGAAGGAGAGAAGUUCAGAUAUAGGAGAGAGGAGGAGAAAUCAAGGUACAGUGAAGAAAAAGAAGAGGGAAAGCACAGCAGAGAGGAUGAAAAGAAGUCUAAGUAUAGCCUUGAGUUAGACGAAGAAAAGAGAUCCAAGUACAAGAAAGAGGAGGAGGAUAGAUGGUCAAAAUCAAAAUUGGAGGAAGAUGGUGAUAAUGAGGAAGGUGAGGGAUCAAAGAAUAAAAAGAAGGAGAUCCAGUCUCAGCACCAAAAGGACAACGUGGCUAGUCAGUCAAAAGAUGAGAAGGACAGUACAGGGAAAAGCUCUGUGAAAAAUAAAAAGGUUGAACCUGAGAAACCUAGCGUUCCCGCAAAAAUUCUGUGUGGGCCCAGUCCGGCUAUGCUUGCAAAACUUCGCAAGAAAAACGAGGAAGCCACGGGGCGACCUGCAUUUGGGAAGUUCAGUUGGAAAAAAACAGAGAAGACAGAGCUAGAGAAGGAGGCAGAGAGAAUGGCGGCACAGUUCAUCAAGGAAGAUGAGGAGGGUCAAAAAGAGGCCGGUGAAAAAAAUGAGGAUGACAACAGUUCAUUCGCCAAAUCUGUAGCCGCUGCCAAGACUAUUGCUUUUAAAUUGGCGGGGAAGGGAGCUCUACCUCCCUCUAACUCUAAUACUUCAAAUGUUCCCUCUAAUGCCCCAACACCUGCCAUGGUUCUGAGGAAGUCUAGCUCUUCAUUGCGUAACAAAUCAUCCUCUACAAAUGCGCUCCUCUCAGCCAAAUCUACAGCAGACUCAAACAACAUAUCUGAGUCUGGGACAGGAAAUUUGGCCACGAAGGACACGGCGCUGUCAGCCGACGUCAUUUCAAUGGCGUUCAGAGGGGAAGAGGUGCAGCUAAAAUCCUCAAGCGAUGCAUCCUCAAAUCCUGUGGCCACCACAUCUUUCUCCACAGGUACAACUACGUCACCGCUUUGUUCCGCAGCAGGAGCAAAAGGUGAUUCUCCAUCAUCUUCUGUGUGUGUGCUGACUCUCGAGUCUGACGUCGCUGCCCCUGGUGUUCCCCAAAGUGAGCAGAAUCUUACCGUGGUUGUUCGCCCUCCUCCGCAGUUUAAGAACCUGAGUGACCUUCCUUCAAAACCAGACAAACCCAAGACGAGUCUCGCCACGGCGAAAGCUAAAGAUUUGUUUGACAUCUUCUACAACAUCAGUGGCUCCUUGACCCCUUCCAGUGCAAGUGGUAUCGCUAAUAAAAUGAUCUCUGUUUCCACACCUGAAGCCAGUGACUCAAAGAACAAAGAUGUCAAUGAAAGUAAUGACUCAAAGCCUGAAGAGCCUCCUGAGAGUAAAAGUAUUGACGGGACUAAGGAGAUCGGUGAAAGCGAUGAAGUACAGAAGACAAAUGAAAAUGAAGAGACAAGCGGCCAGGAUGCUGAGGAGGAUGCUAUGGCGGUGUCGUUUUCCCCACCUCCAGGUUUCUUCACAGAGCAACUGAACCUGGAAACGUUUGAGUUCAAUUUCGAACCUUUGUGAAGGACCGGCCGACAAACGGUUUUAAAGGGGGGAGUUUAUAUAUGUUCUUAAUGUUUCAGUUACAUUUCUUUUGAGCGGUUUUGAUAUUGUAAGAAGGCUUCAUAUCUUUCAUUUCUCAACCUUUUGGCAGGUAGUGCCAGUGAAAUGGUGGACUGACAAGCACCUAUGCUGGGCUGGGUGUUGGGUCGGGGAUCCCACUGAAAGACUGAACACUUACUUAAAAAGUAAUGAAUCCUUAAUAU